GGGCGUGGCUUACCGUGGACGGUAGUUUUAGGGCCAGACCGAAUCUCCUGCAUUACAUUGAAGGGGAAAAAAAAAAAAUAGUGCAUUUGUAAAACUAGUAAUUUAGUGAACGAUAACGUCAUUUGAACAGCGGAAGAGUCAUACUUGUUUUUUCAUGCGUGUGUGUGUGUGCGUGCGCGCGCCCGCGUGUGUGCGUGCGUGUGCGUGUAUGUACGUACUAUGGCAGAUUACCGGCAGCUUUUUUUGGAGAUGUUGUCAACAAGCUGCUAAAAUAUGGACGCGAUGGAUUUGAAGGCAGCCACGUCGAACAUGGACGCUCUGGUCCGCAUCAGCUCCAACAUGAAGAGCCUGGAGCACGAGCUGCACUGCCCCGUGUGCAAGGACAUCGUCAAGCAGCCCGUGGUGCUGCCGUGCCUCCACAGCGUGUGCCUCAUGUGCGCCUGCGAGGUCCUGGUGGCCAGCGGGUACCCGCAUCCGGACCUCCCCGCCGAGCCAAACUCCCCGGCCUCCACGCCCAACACGCGCUCCCCCCGACAGCUGCGCAGGCCCACGCCCAAAGCCGAGCAGCGGCCCAUCGACAGGGUGCUCCGGGCGGGUCCCCACUCGCCUUCUCCGUCCACGCCCCGCUCGCCGGGGUACCCGGGGCGGCGGCGCAAGGAGGGCCCGCCCCUUGCCAUGAUGUUCACCUGCGUGCCCUGCGGCCGUGACGUGGAGCUGGGCGAGAAAGGCCUCACCGACUGCUUGCGGAACCUCACCCUGGAGCGCAUCGUGGAGAGGUACCGGCACACGGUGAGCCUGGGCAGCGUGGCCAUCAUGUGCCAGUUCUGCAAGCCCCCGCAGGCCCUGGAGGCCACCAAGGGCUGCGGCGACUGCAGGGCCAACUUCUGUAACGAGUGCUUCAAGCUCUACCACCCGUGGGGGACGCCGCGGGCGCAGCACGAGCACAUCCUGCCCACGCUCAACUUUAGACCCAAGGUUUUGACUUGCACGGAGCACGACCAGGAGAAACUGCAGUUCUACUGCAGGUCCUGUCAGCGGCUGCUUUGUCCGCUCUGCAAACUGCGUCGCACGCACACGGGACACAAGAUCCUGCCCGUGGCUCAGGCCUACCAAGCCCUCAAGGAGAAGAUUACAAAAGAGAUGAACUACAUUCUGUCCAACCAGGACACGGUGCUGGCUCAGAUUACGCAACUGGAGAGCGCCAUCACUCAGACUGAGGUGAACAGCGUGUCGGCCCGCGAGCAGCUGGCCCAGAGCAUCAGGGACCUGACGGCGGCGCUGGCCGAGCGCCAUUCCUCGCUCACCCAGGCGCUGGAGGCGGCGCGGCACAAGCGCGGCGAGGCGCUGGCCGCUCAAGUGGCGGAGCGGCGGAGCUUGAUGGAGCACGCCGGGCUCGUCGCCUUCUCGCAGGAGCUGCUGAAGGAGACGGACCAGCCCUGCUUUGUGCAGGCCGCUCGCCAGACGCAUAACAGGUUCAGCAAAGCGAUUGAGAACCUUCAGCAUUUUGCUCUGGCCGCUGAUCCGUCCUUCAGGCAUUUCCAGCUGGAUGUAUCCAAAGAACUCAAACUGCUCACGGAGCUGAAUUUUAUCCAAGCUCCUUUGGCCCCAGUCCUCGACACCCAGCACUCCCUGGCCUACGACCAGCUCUACCUGAGCUGGCGUCUGCCCCCGGAAUCGGCGCCCGCCUGGCACUACUCGGUGGAGUACCGCCGCCGGGGUGUGGUGCCGGGGGGGGCGUCCAGGGGCGGCAACAGGGGAGGUCUGGCCGCCGCCCGCUGGGGCUGGCAGCGACUGGACGAGGUGAGCGCAACGAGCGCCGUCAUCGACAGGCUGGAGAUGGACAGCGUGUACGUGCUGCGGGUGAGGGGCUGCAACAAGGCGGGCUACGGCGAGUACAGCGAGGAGGUUUACCUGCACACCCCUCCGGCACCAGUGCUUAACUUCUACCUGGACUCUCGCUGGGGUCUCCACGCCGACCGGCUGGUGGUCAGCAAGGAGCAAAGAGCGGCCCGCAGCGUCCCCGGCCUCUCCCUGCUGCAGGCCGCCGACCACGCGCUCACUUCCUGUCACCUGACGUCGGACCUCCUGGUGGGAGACGUGGCCAUCACGCAGGGGAGACAUUACUGGGCGUGCUCGGUGGAGCCCGGCUCUUACCUCGUCAAGGUCGGUGUUGGACUAGAGUCCAAACUGCAGGAGUGGUUUCAUCUACCAGAAGACAUGGCCAGUCCCCGGUACGACCCGGACAGCGGCCACGACAGCGGUGCGGAGGACGGCGUGGACUCUGCCCCGCCCUUCUGCUUCCUCACCAUGGGCAUGGGGAAGCUCUACCUGCCCCAGCACAGCUACCACCACCACCACCACCACCACCACCACAACGGGCAACGCUCGGACCCCAACGGCAACGCUCCGUCCCCGCCGGUGGGCCUGACCUACCCGCUGCCCCCCCGGCUGGGGGUGUGCCUCGACUUCGAGAAAGGCCGCGUGGCGUUCUACGACGCCCACUCCCUGCGCCCCCUGUGGGAGGGUCACGUGGACUGCUCGGGCCCGGUGUGCCCGGCCUUCUGCUUCAUCGGAGGGGGAGCCCUGCAUCUCCAGGAGCUGGUGGCCAACCGGGGGGCCGACCGGACGCCCGUGAGGAGGGUGACCAUCCAACCGCGUGGUGGCUCCAAUUUAAACAACAAUUGAUUACAAUUUAGAAUGUUCAGUAAUUUGCGUUUAGAGCAUUUCUACGGCAACAAAUAUGCAAUGUAAUUAAGUUUCUUACGUUUUUAUUUGCAAGAAUCACCGCUUUCGUCGUCUUUGCUAUACCCGACACCAGAUGUAAUUAUAUACGAUGCUUCAUGGAUGUAUUGGACCACCACCCGUAUCAGCUUUAGGCACAAAAUGUAACAAAUUCAAUAAUGAUCAAUUUGGUGCAGGAGCGCCCCCCCCGGAAUUACUUGAAAAUUCAGCCCCUGAAGCCAGUUUCACUUGGCAACAUGACAUUUGGUGGACAUGUCCAUCAUGAGUAGACCCACAAAAAAGUCUCAAGGAACCAUGCACGGAAAGACACAGGAAGUCUGCCCUUUUGGUUUGAAGCGGCCAUGUUAGGCUUUGACCAGUUGCCAUAAAGCAAGAAAUUUUCGUAAAUCAACUUUUAGUGAAUUCAGCCCCCGAAACCAGUUUCCCUCUGGAGCAUGACAUUUGGUUGGCAGGCCUACCAUGAGCAGACCCGCAAAAAAGUCUCAAGAAACCAUGCCCGAAAAGACACAGGAAGUCUGCCAUUUUGGUUUGAAGCGGCCAUGUUAGUCCCAUUUUUACCAUUUCAAAAACAGGUCUAAUAGAUGCGUUAAGCACUGUACUGUACAUUUGAUGCCUGCACGUUUCUUCACAGAGCUAACGUUGUUUUAGCGUCAAACUGACCAUUUCAUGCCCUUAAGUGUCGAAUUUGCGUGCUUUACCUAAGUAAACGUAGACCUAUGGCGUCUCGAA